CCACACACACAAGCCGACAGCAGCUUUAGCUUGCUCGUGGACAAUCCGUGCUCAGGCCGGUUUGAGCUACACUGGCUGACAUAUUUCGUGGAUUUAAUUACCGUGUACCAUGCAUCCGCCAUUGCUUCGACCACACCCAAGCUGCCACGAGGAGGUGAAGAUGCUGAUGGCGUGCCACGAGGAAAACCCGUACGGCAAGUUCUUCGGGGCGUGCAACGACCUCAAGCUCGCGCUCGAUUCGUGCUUCGUGCUUGAAAAAGAGGAGAAGCGUCGGAAGAACCUGGCUAAGGCCCGAAGGUUCGACGCUGGCUUUCAGAAGGAGCUCGAACUCAGGCGAAAGGAGCUGGAACAGGAACAGCAGCAGGCGGGGCGGUAGCGGCGGUGGUGGUGGUGUGGGCAGCAGCAGCAGC